AAACAAAACGACACAAGUGAAGACAAGAAUAUCAGAAAAAAGACAUCAAUGGCGUCAAAACUCAGCCCAGAAUUUGCAUACACGGUGCUUUACGUAAAAGACGUAGCUGAAUCGGUAGCUUUCUAUUCCAAAGCCUUUGGCUAUUCCGUUCGUCGCUUAGACGAAUCACACAGAUGGGGAGAGUUGGAAAGUGGUCAUACAACUAUUGCUUUCACUCCAAUCCACCAACAUGAAACCGAUGAUCUCACCGGUGUUGUCCACACGACUAGAUCUAACAAAGAAAGACCACCAGUUGAGGUUUGUUUCGUUUACACCGACGUUGAUGCUGCUUACAAGAGGGCCGUGGAGAACGGAGCGGUGCCGGUGAGCGAACCAGAGAUGAAGGAGUGGGGCCAAAAGGUUGGGUACGUGAGAGAUAUUGAUGGCAUCGUGAUCAGAAUGGGAAAUCAUGUAAAGCCUGCAAAAUUAGAUUAGUUAUGUGCAGUUGGACAUAGAAGCAGUUGGUAAAAUACAAUAUUACGUUGAUGUUUAUGUAUUCUGUAUAGGUUGAAUAAGAAAAACAUGUAUUUUGUAUAUGUAUAAGAAAUACAUCCAUAUAAGUUACUAAAAUAAAAUUAUCAACUGCAGACAACAAUAUGUGAAUUUCCCAGCAUGCACUUGCCAGAAUGAAGUUGGAAUUAUACAUGUAUUUGCUCUGCUUUGUUUUAUACUUCAUUGAU